GUCAGCAAAGCCAAUCAGCUCGUUCCUAAAUCUGAUAAGGUAGCACAGAAAGUAGUAAUACCACAACGAUACACCUUAGCCAUCCACGGCAGCUGAUUUUCUUUUCUCUCUCUUGAGGUAAGUUUGAGCUGAAAAUAGUUGACCAGGAUGAUGGACAAUUAUUUUAAACUGGAGAAGAUCGGUCAGGGUACGUAUGGAGUCGUCUACAAGGCCAAGGACAAACUUACGGGCAAGGUCGUCGCCCUCAAAAAAAUUCGUCUGGAUACCGAGAGCGAAGGCGUACCACCCACAGCGAUUCGAGAAAUUUCAUUGCUGAAAGAACUAGCACAUCCAAAUAUAAUACAGCUGUUCGAUGUCGUUCAAGGAGAUAAUCACUUGUACUUGGUUUUCGAAUUCUUACAGCAGGAUCUCAAAAAGCUGCUGGAUUCUGUGAAAUUCGGACUCAAUCUUGAAUUAGUAAAAAGUUACCUGUGGCAGUUAUUGAAAGCAAUAGCGUUUUGUCAUGUUCAUCGUGUAUUGCACAGAGAUCUCAAACCUCCGAAUAUCCUGAUUGAUCAUAAAGGUUAUUUAAAAUUAGCAGAUUUUGGACUGGCCAGAUCUUUUGGAAUCCCUGUACGGACAUUCUCUCACGAAGUUGUCACUCUAUGGUACAGACCACCCGAAAUUCUUUUAGGCACAAAAAUGUAUUCUGCUUCUGUUGAUAUUUGGAGUAUUGGGUGCAUUUUUGCAGAAAUGGCAACAAAACGAGCUUUAUUUCCCGGUGACUCAGAAAUAGACCAGCUUUUUAGGAUAUUCCGUACUUUAGGUACACCAGAUGAAACAAGUUGGCCUGGAGUUACUCAACUUGAAGAUUAUAAAUCAAUGUUUCCUCGCUGGCAAGCAUGUGAUUUAGAGGAGAUCGUACCAAUAUUUGAUGACCAAGCCAAAGAUUUGUUGAUGAAAUUACUGACGUACAAUCCACUAGUAAGAAUCACGGCAAAAGAAGCAUUAACUCACCCUUACUUUGCGGGUGUGACGUUAGUUGCUCCACCGCCGCUACUGAAGAAAGACUGAGAUAUACACCCAACGUUCAGCACGAAAAACAGACAAAGUGAAGUGUAAAAAUUUACCAAAUCUAAUUAAUAAAGGCUAUGACAGAGAUGUGCAGGCUUUGUACAAUUUCGAGGUUGAUCUGCAUGGACAACGUUUUCUUUACGUCAUCCGUAAAGUUUUUUGACAAUAGUUUUGGACUGAUCUUUGUACAAGAUUUCAGUGAUUAAAAGACUAUGGUGUUCAACGUUAUUUAUUUAUAUUUUUAAAAUAAAUAAAUAAAAAACCAGUGUGCCUGUAAUUAUAUUUCCGUACUAGAAGUGAAAUAUUUAUUUGAACAGAUUUUUGGAAAUUUGUACAAUUUUUUUCUAAAACAGUAUGUAAUUGCAAGAAUAUAUUUAACUAUAAAUAAACAUUUGCAAUGAACUUGAA